UGACUGAAUUGAGGCAUUUGCGUGGUGAGUGUGGAGCGCGGACCUAACUUCUCCAAACAACCAUGCCUCUUCCACUCGAACCCUUCAUGAGGCACGCCAUUCCCCGCAAACCCAUCGACCACCAAUACAUUUCGCGACUCCUCUCGCGACCCGACUGGGCCCUCCUCCUCAACCACCACCUCUCCCCAAACAUCACCCCUCGCUCCGCCCUAACCAUCUUCCACCACCAACAUGACCCCUCCCACGCCAUCAAGCUCUACACGUGGCUCUCACGUGUCAACCCCGCCCUCGCAACGCACCACUCCGUGCAACGCGCUUUCGCCAACACGCUGCACCGCAAAGGCCCCGCGCUGCUAUCCGUUGAUCUCCUCCGCGACGUUAACGGCGUCACCGAGGACUUGCUCUGCGUUUUGAUGGCAAGUUGGGGGAGUCUGGGCUUGGCGAAUUACUGUGCUCACAUUUUCGGUCAAAUCUCGUUCUUGAGUCUUACUCCUACUACUAGGUUGUAUAACGCUCUUAUUCAUGCUUUGGUGAAAUCUAACUCAAUUGACCUUGCUUAUCUCAAGUUUCAGCAGAUGCCUGCGGAUAAUUGCCGCGCCGAUACAGUUACUUACAACACCCUCAUUCACGGGGCUUGCAAGAUCGGCGUCGUCGAUGAGGCGCUUCGAUUGGUCAAACAAAUGAAGGAAAAGGGGCAUUUUCCUAAUGUUUUCACUUACACUAUUCUCAUUCACGGCUUUUGUAAUGCCAACAGGGUUGAUGAAGCCUUUGGAGUUUUCGACACCAUGAAGGAGACUGGAGUUCAUGCCAACGAGGCCACGGUCAGAGCGUUGGUUCACGGUGUUUUUCGUUGCGUGAAUCCGGGUAAGGCGCUCGAGUUGUUGUUGUGUAAGUUUUUAGAAAGGGAGCAUGGUCAUUUUAAGUUGGCUUGUGAUACUGUAUUGUAUUGCCUUGCAAAUGAGUGUAUGGCGAAGGAGAUGGUUAUGUUUCUGAGGAAGGUUCUAGAAAGAGGUUAUGUACCUGAUAAUUCUGUUUUCAAUGUUGUGAUGGCUUGUUUGGUUAAGGGAGGUGAGCUGAGAGAGGCGUGUGACAUGUUUGAUGUUUUAAGAAAGCAAGGUGUGAAGGCGGGCAUUGGUGCUUAUCUCGCGCUUAUUGAAGCGUUAUACAAGAAUGGAUGGAGAGAGGAGGGGGGUCGAGUCGCUGGUCGAAUGGUUAGUGAUGGGAUGAUUUCAGAUGUCUUCUCAUAUAACAUGAUAAUUAAUUGCUUCUGCAGAGCCAAACUGAUGGAUAAUGCGUCUCAGGCUUUCAGAGACAUGCAGCUUAGAGGCUUUGUUCCCAACCUUGUUACUUUCAAUACCCUUAUUAAUGGUCAUUGCAAGGAUGGAUCAAUAGAUAAGGCACGGGAGCUGCUGGAGAUGCUUUUAGAAAAUGGACUUAAACCUGAUAUCUUCACUUUUAGCUCUAUAAUUGAUGGACUCUGUCGAAUAAAGAGGAUUGAGGAAGCUUUUGAAUGCUUUACUGAGAUGAUUGAGUGGGGCAUCAAUCCUAAUGCUGUCAUUUAUAAUAUCUUGAUUCGAUCUUUAUGUGCCACUGGGGAUGUUGCAAGGUCGAUGAAGCUUUUCAGAAGGAUGCAAACAGAAGGAAUAAGCCCUGACACAUACUCCUAUAAUGCUUUGCUUCAACUCUUCUGUAGGAUGAAUAAAAUUGAGAAAGCUAAAAAGCUUUUUGAUUCAAUGUCACAAUCUGGCUUGAAUCCGGACAAUUACACUUACAGUGCUUUUAUAGUGGCACUGUCCGAAUCUGGGAGAUCAGAGGAAGCCAAGAAGAUGUUUUACUCAAUGGAGGCAAAUGGUUGCUCUCCCGAUUCAUAUAUAUGUAACUUGAUUAUUAAAAUAUUGGUUCAGCAGGACCAUUUUGAAGAGGCCCGAAACAUCAUAGAAAGAUGCAGACAGAAGGGGAUAUCUUUAAAUUUUAUUCCUAAUUUGUAGACUAAUUUUCUGCUAGUUUUUAGGAU